AAAUUACAAGGUCAUCUCGGGGGUUUGGUUUUAUAUUGUGUUACUCAUAUUUGUAAAUAAAAUCUACAGUCCCCAUACUUUUGCGAACUACCAGAAAUUCAUGGUAAAAACAUUACUGACUUGUAAUCACCACAUUUGCCCGAACAGGGAACACUAUGUGUUACAUGUCUACUAAUUGUUAGUGUCUUAAGACACUAACACAAAGGUGAAGGCAUAUGAAGCCGGACCCAUUGAAAGUAGAUUCAGAUAUUUGGAAGCUGUAUGUUCUACAUACCGUUUGGCUACGCUUUACAUGCUUUCACGUCCUCGAAGUCCCUACAUUAUUUCGUAACUGUAUUAUUCGGUAAGAAUUUUGGUGAGAUUUCUUACCACUCAACCAACUGAAUAAUACAGUAGCCAUUAAUGGCUACGAACUAUAUUAGGCCUAAAAGACCUUAAAGUGAAUAGGGAAUAUAUCCCAAAAUUUUUUCAAACAGUUCAUUUGAGUUGUGUCGUAGUGUUGAAAUCUUAUACAACAGAGUUUAUUUAGUUACUAAUGAGGAGCUAUUAUUCUACCUGCAAAUGACAAGUGAGAUUUGCCACAAUUGACCACUCCGAAUAUUUUUCACAUAGUAGUUGGGAUAUUUGACCAUUUCGGAUUUUUUUGGAAUCAAUAUUUUACUUCAUUUUUGUUUUGUUCAAUCCCAGUGGGUUUGGUGUUAAUUCGCUAGAAAUACAAUGUACAUCAAAGCGUCGAAUGAAAUCAGUCCAAUAAAAUAAGUCGGUUCAUAAUAUUUUGAGUUUGGCUGUCAGCCAGUCUAGAUUACCAAGUUUUAAUCUACACAAUGAUCGUAGUGUACAGAUAUGGAGGUUGAAUAACAUCGCCUUAAGUUUCGUUUUCAUGACUUUUAGGGUGUAGCAAAUUGAGUCAUGAAAAUUUGUGCCGGUGUUCUAAGUUUACAGUGUGACCAUUAUUGUCCUUACCCAUUUGUGUUUGAUUUCAAUUGUUUUUAGAUGACUUCAUUGUAUGCUAAAAAGAUGACAAUGCUUGCUGGACGAAUAUUCAGAGAUGUUGGCAAACAAGUUGAUAGUAAAUCAAUAAAAGUUGUUCGAAUAAUGAGUGAAUUACCUCGCCCAAUGAUCUUAAAAGAUUAUUAUCCUCCAUUAGAAGAAUAUAGUAAUAUUUUACAAAAAUUGCGCUAUCUGGGCUUGUUUAGAAAUGAACAUGCAGAUUUUCGUGAAGAAAUGGCACGUCUACGUCAAUUACGUGGCAAAGGGAAACGGAAGAAGGGUGAAAGUAAACGAGGACUAUCACAAUAGUGACAUUAUUUACUUUGUUAUUUGUUUUCAUAAAAAAUAUUUUGUAUAUAUUUACUAGCAGUUUGUAAACAGUAUCGAAUCUUUAAAGUAAUACUAUUAUGUGUUGAAAUAGUGUUUGCUUUUUACUAAUUAAUUCGAAUUCCAUGUGGUGCUCUUUAGUUAUGAACUCCUUACUCAAGCAAAUGUUACUGAAAGAAGUAGGUCAUGUUUAUAGAAAACUUUGACCAUAUUUUGCAUUAUUGUACUAAAUUAUAGUUUAGUCCGAAUUUUAGACAUCUCUUAUCUGUAGUAGUUGUGAAAAAUAAAUUGUCGUUAAUGCAGUUGUCGAGUUAGUCGAUUUAACCUACUCAAUGUUGACUAGGGUCAAGAAAUGUCCUGGUUUUUCUGAAUAUAUAGAUAUUUUAGGUUAGGAAACUGACAUUCAAGUUAAUAAACUCAGCUUCAUCAGUCAACUCAGCAUAGACAAACACAAAGGUGACUAGUCCAGCAUUGGCUGUACGGGUAAAACUUGUUUCGACCAAUAAACAAAACGGUUAUUUCACAACUUGUCAGUGAAAUGUAUGGAAUAAACAUUACGCGAUAAAAAAGUCUCAUCCACGACUAGUCAAGUUAUCAUGCACAACUAAGAACAAAUUUUUAGAAUAAUAUUUGAGUGACAGUGCCAAAAAAUAAUCUUUGUAGUUGAUUCGGUUUUUUAAAAAUCAAUCCGAUUCAUUAAUCACAAGUAAGACAACUAUCAAAAUACUAUUCUUAAUCGGGUGACAUCCUCUUUAAUCGUGUUCAAGAGAUUCAAGAUGGCUCCUUUUAUCACAAAUAUAACUGCAUUUGUGGCACUAUGAGUCAAAUAACUUUUGACUGUGAAUUGUAUGAAUAGACGUAUUGCUCAAAAUAUGAUGGCCAAGUCGAUGUACGGAUAGUUUAUAAACAAUAUGGUGCAUAUACUUCUGCUGAUCAGCGCAUAUUUGGUAUAGGGUUGAGGAGUGUCCCUCCCCUCUAGUAAUGCCCUCACGUGGCCACGCGUGUAAAACCGCUGCCAAGAAAUUGCUACUCUGCAUUCUCCUGGCAGGUGUGUUGUUUACGGAAUUCAGAGCACGAAAACGAAUGUUCACUGCUUUGGCCUGUUUGAUGGAUAUAAAUUAUCCGUGUAGGAGAGUUGUGUUAUAACUGUGAACGGCAGCUGACUAGAGGGUAGCGAAUUACCGAUCGGACCAAAGACGCGCAAACACGUAGAACGACCUAGGGUUCUGAUUGGCCCCGCUUCCCUAUCUAGCCCAGCAGUUGAGUCCAGAACGCAAGUCACAGCCUCGGAUGUAUGAAUCAUUAUAUUUCAAACAUACUUUGUUUAUAUACCAGUCAAACAAACCACAUCAUACCAUAAAAUAGAAAAUAACAUUGUACAAUAUUGGCCAGUAUGAAAAUGACUCAUGAUUUCAACCUGUGAAAUUUCCUAAAAUUCUCCACAAAACUCAUUCUAAAUAUUUAUUUACUAAUUUAUGAGUUUAUAAACCUCUACUGCUAUCAAAAUCGAAGAAAGUGAUGGUGAAUGUAGCUCAGAAUGAAUAUGUUGGAGUGAUUAUAAUCUGUGAUCUGGAUGGAUAACCAGUAAAUGUUUGAUUGUUUUGAACAAUAAAUAUAUUCCUGCACUGGACUAGUUGUCUUGAUCACUCACCUUUUUCUCUAUACAAUAUCUAUAACUCUACUAGCUAUUAGAAAAUAAAUUUAUUGAUUUCUUAUAUCACGAAAACCAGAUCUUGAGACAUGAAAGUUCUACAUUCUAUCCAUAGUGGGCUGGUGGUUAUACAUUUGAAUAGUACUACACUAGGAUGAACCAGCUAUCCAAUGCCCACUGGUUUUCAUUGGUACCUUAAAUGAAACCAAUCGGUGAUAAGAAUAGUCUGCGUAUUCUCAAUCGAAUUGAUUUAUCAGAAGACUUUACAAUUGACAAAACUCUACAGUUUAGUUCAGUAAUGGUUAUAACAAUUUAGUAUCGAAUUUUAUUAUGAUAAAUACCAGUGUGCCGACUAAUUAUUCAUUGAUAGUGGUCAAUUGAAUUAACAAUCUCUUUCGAGUUUAAUAGAAUAAAGUUAUAGACCGCAUCCACGAUCCAUAUUCAUUCACCGUCCAGUGCUUUCAGGUUUUUCACGGUGAUUUAGCUUCAAUUGACCCAUGAUUUCAACCAGUGGAAGAAUUCAUUUUAUUGAAUAUAAAAGUGCGAACGUAGUCAUCUAAUGUAACCAGUGUGUGCUACUUUUAUUUUAACCAAUCAAAUCAAAACUAUGCACCGUUGACAACCAAUUCACAGUUGAUUACAAGUAACACAAUGUUUGUUCAUCAACAUAUGAGC